AUUAAUCUAGGAAUAUAACCAAAUUGUAAUAGAAGCAGUACAGGGAACCUCUCAUUGAAACUCCAUUAAUGGCUAUAAAAUUUGGAGCCCUUCUAUAUCUCCUCUCUGUCUUGGUGUUUGCACAAGAAAGCACGGCCGCGGUGUUCAACCGGAGUAUCUUUCCGGAGGCGUUUAUCUUCGGAGCUGCAUCUUCAGCGUACCAGUACGAAGGUGGUGCUACAGAAGAUGGUAGGGGACCCAGCAUAUGGGAUUCCUUCACUCACCAACACCCAGAUAAGAUUGCAGAUGAAAGUAAUGGUGAUGUAGCAGUAGGCUCUUACCACCGUUAUCAGGAAGAUGUGAACAUCAUGAAGGAAAUUGGAAUGGAUGCUUAUAGAUUCUCAAUCUCGUGGAGUAGAAUUUUGCCUAGUGGAUGUCUAAGCGGUGGGGUCAACAAAGAAGGUGUUAAAUAUUACAACAACUUGAUAAACGAGCUCAUCUCAAAAGGUUUGGAGCCAUUUGUGACAAUUUUCCAUUGGGACUCUCCCCAAGCCCUAGAAGACAAGUACGGAGGGUUCCUGAGCAACCACAUUGUGGAGGAGUACGUGAAGUACGCGGAGGUGUGCUUUACGGAGUUUGGCGAUCGGGUGCGUCGCUGGAUCACGUUCAACGAGCCGUGGACGUUUUGCUCCAAGGGCUACGCCACGGGGGAGUUUGCGCCGGGGCGCUGCUCGCCGUGGGAGGUGGGCCGCUGCCGCGCCGGAGACUCGGGGACGGAGCCCUACGCCGCCUGUCACCAUCUCCUCCUCGCCCACGCCGCCGCCGUCCGCCUCUACUGCUCCAAAUACCAGGAAUCACAGAAGGGGAAAAUUGGAAUAACUUUAGUCUCACAUUGGUUUGUUCCGUACACUAGCUCCAGAUCCAGUGAUGCCGCAGCGCAGCGAGCCUUAGAUUUCAUGUUUGGAUGGUUUAUGGAUCCCCUAACUGGAGGAGAUUACCCUCGUAGCAUGAGAGCAUUGGUGGGGAAACGCCUGCCUACGUUUACUAAGCAGCAGUCCGAAUCGGUGAGAGGGUCGUUCGACUUCAUAGGGCUGAAUUACUACACAGCAAACUAUGCAGAUGAUCUCAUGUCAUCCAACUGUCGCAAAACAAGUUACACCACUGAUUCUCGGACUAAUCUCACUCAACAACGUAACGGGAUCCCAAUUGGUCCUAAGGCUGCUUCGAAUUGGCUCUAUGUAUAUCCUGCGGGAAUUCGAGAACUACUGCUGUACACGAAGGCAAAGUACAAUAACCCAGUCAUCUACAUAACCGAAAAUGGUGUAGAUGAAUUAAACAACAAAAAUGCAUCACUUGAGGAAGCACUAAAGGAUGAACCCAGAAUAGACUACUACAGCAAACAUCUCCUUAAUGUGAACAGAGCCAUCAAGGAAGGAGUCGACGUGAGAGGAUAUUUUGCAUGGUCAUUGUUGGAUAACUUCGAAUGGAUUGAUGGCUACACUGUUCGAUUCGGUUUGAUUUUCGUGGAUUACAGAGACGAUCUGAAGAGAUACCCCAAGCGCUCUGCUUGCUGGUUUGAGAAGUUCCUUCAGAAAUAAGACUUAAAUCCUUAGGAUCAUGCAAAUCUUUUAGGGCCAAAUAUUUCCCUACUCUUUCAAAUCGGAACUUCCAUCUUAAAUGCUUGGCAGUGUUUCACUCCUUGAACUUUGAGCAGGAAUAUGUAUGACUUAUUAAUCAUGAUGCACAAUGCAAAAAGGCAAACAUAGCAUUGAAGAACUAUUUUAGCAUGGUUUCGUCAUGAUGACAUGGUUUCAUAUGGUGACUCCCUUAUAUAUGUUUGAUUACAUUGAAGAACUACUUAAGCAUUCAAUUGCCAUGUGCCGCCGAACAAGGAACAUAUAAAUAGGGAGCUCCGCUGUUUACUCUCUUUUUUAGUUGUUGUUGCUUUUUUUUUUUGAAGGCCAAUUGGUGCAGAACUAUGCACAGAAGUAUUUAUUAUACUCUUGUGUCUCAUUGUUUUCUUCUGCAGAUUCUUCAGCAUACACUCUCUU